AUGCGCAACGCCCUGCUCGCGCUGUGGCUGGUACUCGCGGCGGCGUCACCGGGCGACAUCCAUGCAGGCUCCCCGGCGGGCAGCGCGGUUAGACGGCGUCGGGCGGCGCUGGAGCUCGGCGCCGUCGAGCCCUUAGCUGCAAGCGCCAAAUCCGCAGCCUCCACCGAUGUCCCCUCGCAGAGGAGCAUCGGCCGCCGGCUGCAGGCCUUCGACAGGGCCUUCACAGAAGCCCGGGAAAACGACCGCGAUGCGGGAUCCCCGCCUGCGGUGCCCGAAGUCUCCUUGGAAGCCAUCAAGCCCGUGAACGGGUCCGGCGACGGGGAUGGGGAAGAGAAGCGGGCGCGGAGGAGGGCGGCCAGGGGGACGGCCUCGGCCCUGUGGGUCGCGGCGUAUCGCGGCGAGGGGGCCGAAGUGAGGGAGCUGAUCGGCGGCGGGGCGGACGUCGACGAGAGGAACCACAACGGCACGACGCCGCUGUACGUGGCCGCGCAGAACGGCCACCGGGCGGUGGCGGAGCUGCUCCUGGACGCGGGCGCAGAAGUGGACGCAGAAUCCAGGCUCGGGUCAACUCCACUGCUGGCGGCAGCGCACAACAAUCACGCUCGCCUUGUCGAGUUGCUCUUGGAAAGAGGCGCUUCUCCGAACAGUGGGACAAAGCGGACAGGACAGACGGCACUGUGGCAAGCAGCUUUUCUAGGACAUAUCAAGGUGGUGGAGGUUCUUCUGGACAACGGCGCCGACCCAAACCUCCCCGGCACCCUCAAGGGCGCGACGCCCCUGUAUGCCGCGGUCCACAGGGGCCACAAGGACGUCGUCCUGCUCCUCAUCGAGAGCGGCGCCUCUGCCACCGUCCCUCUGAACAACGGGGCCACGCCGCUGCACAUGGCCAGCGCCCUCACGCGCCCGGACUUGGUCGAAAUCCUUUUAAGGCACGGCGCGGAUCCUGCGAGAGUAGACGGAAGGGGCAACACCGCGGCAGAUGUGGUCAAGAUCGCCAGUGGGGGCGACGAUGAUUCCCAGGUGGCUGAGAUUUUGGGAUUGUUGCAACAAGCCCGAAAUCUCGGCCAGCGCCCGGAAGCUGGCGGACCAGUUGUGGCGCCAAUGAUGGCGGCGCCCGCGCAGGGCAAUGUCUCCGCGGUCGGCAGCAGCAGCCGGGAGCUCAAGGUGUCCGCGGCGAUGAUCCUUGUGCCAACCAUCGCGGGCGUGACGAUCGUGGUGGCCCUCCUGUCCGCGGUACGCAUGCGGGGCGGCUUCUCCCGCUCCCGGUCCUUCGAUCUGGACCCUCAUGUGAAACUUAACGACCUGCUGAGCAAGGGGAUCUCCAACAGGGCGCUGCAGCUGCGCCUGGGGCUGGACGGCAGGGAUGGCUACAGCUCGAGCCCGAACUCAUUCUGUCCCACCCGGAGAUGGGAUGUCGAUGAAUCUGAAGACUCCCGGGUGGCCGCUGGGGUGCGCGGGCGGCCGGGCGGCGCCGGGCGUUCGUCGCAUCACGUCAGAUGGUCCAAGGGGGAUUCGUCGGCGUUCUCCAGCCCGUCUUCCUCCACGGAAGACAGCCGGACGCUGUGGGACGCCUUUGUGUUGGGGACCAGAGGGGGCAUGGUGGGCUUGGGUCAGAGGAGAGGGGAGACGGCGGGGGGCGUGGCGAGAGCAGCAAUCGAGGUGGGGCGCAAGACAUCCUUGUGA